UGUAAAUGUUUUAUUGAAGAGGAUAUCUUUGAACACUUAUGGUUCCACACAUUGAGAAGAAAAUUGCUGCUGAGUUUCCAUAACGUCAGACAUGUUGAAGUUUAUAUCCUAAAAUAAAAAGAGUCCACCAGAGCAAACCUGCUGCUGCUAAUGUUGAAACACUUAGAUCAGAUCUGAUAGAGACAAAAACUAACACCUUCAACAACAUCCUGUAUCUCAUGACGUUUAAAGUCAAAUUUAUCCUGAUGUGUGAGGCAGAAAAAACGUUGCAACAGCUUUUGUUCAUAGAUUUGGCUGCUUUGUGAAACUAACACUUCACUGACCACAGAUAAAGUCAUAGAGUUGUUUAUGAGAUAUAUUAGUUUGUAUGGGAAAAACCCAAAGCUGGACAGCAAAACUUGCAAAUAUAACCAAGAGAUGACUGCAGACUUUUUUUUAUUUUUAGGUUUUUUGCAGAAAGAUAAAAACAAAAAGAGCAAACAAAGUUCAAACAUGGGACACAGAGUGAAGUCAUGAUGAGGAAGUAACGCCUCACAAACCACAAAGAUCCUCAUAUUUCACCUCUUGCCUCUUUAGACUCUCAGUCAUUUCUGAUUGUCUGCAAGAGAGACAGAGAGGAGCAAUGAUCACUGCUAGAGAGAAACAAACAUCUUUAUUUGUAACGCUGAUGCUUUACUUAACAGCAGCAGCUGUUGAAACUCAGUACUCAGCAGUCAGAGAUGGUGAUGAAGUCACUUUGCCUUGUAGAAAUGUGAUCAACAUUAGGAAUCAAUGUAACAGCAUCACCUGGAUCUUCACUAACAGCAGAUUAUCAACACUGUUUGAAAAAGGACAGAUUCAUGAAGCUGCAGCAGCUAAAUCAGACAGACUGAACGUUACAUCAGACUGUUCUCUGGUUAUAAAGAACGUCUCAGUGGAGGAUGUUGGUCAGUACAACUGCAGACAGUUUAUAAACGGACAACAAAGUUCAGACUCUAACAAUAUUCUGUCUGUUAUUCAAAUGGAUAAACAAAAACAGAAAGAUAAAAUCAUCCUAACCUGCUCUGUGAUGGAUCAUAACCACUGCAGACACACAGUGAAGUGGCUGAAUGAAGGUAGAGAGGAAAUGUUGUCAGACAUGGAGGAAUUGGAUCAGUCCUGCUCUGCUACUGUAACAAUUCCAGCAUCUGACAGAAACUGGAAGGUAAACUCUGAAAACUUAAAGUGUAAAGUUACAAAUAGUUUCAGUAACAAAGUGCAGCUGUUCAACUACAAGAUUCAGUCCUCUGGUAGAAAAACAGCUAAAAAUUCAACAUCCAAGACAACGACCACCACACGACCAGCUAGAACUACAACAACAAGAAUGUCAACAACAACAAAAAUAACUGUAACAAAAUUACCUGCAACUUUAUCAACAGUAACAGCAGAAUCAAACAAAUUGACGUCAAUGGCAAUAAAUUCAUCUACAAAUGUCAACAAUUUCUCCAAAACUCCAGGUUGGUCUAUGUUUUAUAUAAUCGGUCCAGCAGUUACCAUAGUAACUGUUCUGGUGAUCAUUGGAUGGAAGAAAACCAGAGAAAAUAAAACGAAAAAGGAAAAAGAAAGAGAAACGGAUCCUGAGGACGACAUCCACUACGCCAAAAUCAGUCAGACCAAAAAGACCAAGAAAAAGCCAAGAGUCCCAGACACUGUGACAUACAGCACAGUGAAUUCUUCUUCUUCUGCUCAGGCUGCCGUCGAUCUUGACCAUCUCUACUCUACACUCAGUAAAUAAGUGAGAUUAGAUGUUGUUUAAUAAACCAUUAUUUCCAACAACUUUAAUCUAGAUAAAACUGAAAGUGACAGAAUGUUUUUGAGAACAUCAAUGAGCGCUGAGGCCCUCUAGUGGAGAGAAGCAGGAAAUGUAAACUCUGUAGAAUUCACUUUUUUGUAAAAUACCAGAAACAUUGAAGGCUUGUGCAUAAUAUCUGCUAAUGGUUUGUUAGACAUGAUCUCCAAGGUCUAUGUUCUUCUGUGCUUUAAAGUUCAUAAUGUUUGACUAUUAUGGUAUAAAUAUCUGUGAACUUUUGUGGUUUCACACUUUGAGAAGAAAACAGAUGCUGAAUUUUUCCAUAACGUCAGACAUGUUGAAGUUUAUGUCCAGAAAUCCACCAGACUAAAACCUUCUGCUGCUAAUGUUGCAACACUUAGAUCAGCUCAAAAAUAGACAGAAACUAACACCUCACCAACAAUAGAUACACCUACUGUACAUCCUGUUGGUCAUCUCUAGUGUCAAAUUUAUUCUUAUACACAUCAAAACUUUCCAGUUGUCCAUCAUCAGACAGGAAGAUCUCUUUCUGCUACAAAAGCCUAACACCUUUUCUUUCUCAUGUUUUCCCCAUUUUUUUCUACAUUUUUAAAUGUUUUGUUCCAGAUUUUGUGUCCUACAUUUUGAUACUAAGAUAGCCUAGACAUAUGGUAUGCAGCUUUUUGCUAAAUGGAGAAAGAACAGAUGAUGGUAAGAUUAUUUAGAAAAGGCUCUUAAACCCAGUAAAUGAUCACUAACACUGAUCCUGGUUCUGAUGGAGAUUCCUUCCUGUUAACUCAGAGUCAUUCCUUCCCUCUGUCGCCUCAUGCUUGAUCAGAAGGAGGGAUUGCUGCAAAAUGAAUGCUGACCUGCCUUAUAUUAUUUAACCAAUCAGCUUUAUUGAGUGAAUGUUACUGCUUUGUAUUAUAACCAGGACUGAACUGGAAAGUAUGUAAUUGUAACAGUUAUUUGAUCAUAUGUUUCUGAAAAUAAAUUGGGGAAUUCCUUAUUGUGUAAAA